UCCUUUUUUUAACUUGUGACUGCUUGUCAGUUGCCUUCGCCUGUUUUAAGUUUGAUUGUUUGAUCGUUGGUGAUAAGAGUCUUAUCAGCAGGGAGGAUCGAUGCUGCCUUGGGUUUUGUUGGUUCAUCCCUGAAGUGAAAAUGCUGUCGCGCGGGUGGAGAAAGUCAGUGGCAGCCAACUGUUUAUCAUGGAAUUCCAUGAGGGCCAUCAGACAGUCGCAGCGCUGUGUGCAGUUGCACAUGCAGCUGAAGAGCAGUCAGAGCGUGGAGAGUGAGGAAUCCCCGCCGGGCUCCCUCAGCGCCUGGCAGGCCGUCAACGAGCCCCUGCUGGAGUACCUGCCCGGCAGUGAGGAGCGCAAGAAGGUGGAGGCCUCGCUGCGCCGGCUGGGCGGCCAGAUCACCGACGUGCCCAUCGUCAUCGGCGACAAGGAGGUCCGCGGCAACGCGCUCUUCCGCUUCCAGUCCAUGCCGUUCGAGCACAAGUCGAAAGUGGCCAAGUUCUACUGCGCCUCGCCGGACAUUAUGCAGACGGCCAUCGACUCGGCGAUGGACGCGCGCAGUCGCUGGGAAGCGACGCCGCUGGAGGAGCGCGCCCGCAUCUUCCUCAAGGCGGCCGACUUGAUCGCCGGCAAGUACCGCGCCGACGUCGUCGCUGCCACCAUGCUCGGACAGGGCAAGACGGUGUACCAGGCGGAAAUCGACGCCGCGGCUGAGCUGGCCGAUUUCCUCCGCUUCAACGUGCAGUUCGCCUUUGAUGUCACGCGCUACCAGCCCAUCUCCACCAAGACCGCCAAAAACUCCAUGGAAUACCGCGCUCUCGAGGGAUUUGUGGCGGCCAUUUCGCCGUUUAAUUUCACGGCCAUCGGCGGGAAUUUGGCGUGUGCGCCGGCGUUAAUGGGCAACGUGGUGGUGUGGAAGCCGUCGGAGACGGCGGCCCUGUCCAGCUACAUCGUCUACAAGGUGCUGCGCGAGGCCGGCCUCCCGCCCGGCGUCAUCAACUUCGUCCCGGCCGAGGGCAAGGUCUUCGGGCAGUCCAUCACCUACUCGCCGCACCUCGCCGCCAUCAACUUCACCGGCAGCGUCCCGACGUUCCAGUGGUUGUGGCGGAAGGUGGGCGAGAACCUGGCCUGCUUCAAGAACUUCCCGCGCGUCGUGGGCGAGGUGGGCGGGAAGAACUACCACCUGGUGCACGAGUCGGCCGACAUCCGGCACGCCGUCAACAACACCAUCCGCUCGGCCUUCGAGUACAGCGGCCAAAAGUGCUCGGCUUGCUCGCGCUUGUACGUCCCCGACAACAUCUGGCCCGAGUUCAAGCAGCAGUUGCUGGAGCAGCACGCCCAGAUCAAGCUGGGAUCCCCGCUGGAGUUCGACACCUUCAUGUCCGCCGUCAUCGACGAGAAGUCGUACAAUCGCAUCAAGGAGUACGUGGACUACGCGCACGCCUCCAAGACGCUGCACGUCAUCGCCGGCGGCAAGACGGACAAGUCGCGGGGCUACUUCGUGGAGCCGACGAUCGUGGUGAGCGAGAACCCCAGCGACAGGCUGAUGAAGGAGGAGAUCUUCGGGCCGGUGCUGACGGUGUACGUGUACAAGCACGCCGAGCCGAGCCAGGCGGAGCAGCUGGUGGACAGGACGACGCCCUACGCCCUCACCGGCGCCAUCUUUGCCGGCGAGAAGGAGGUGUUGGACAUUUGGAAGAAGCGGCUGCUGCACACGGCCGGCAACUUCUACAUCAACGACAAGUCCACCGGCGCCGUCGUCGGCCAGCAGCCCUUCGGCGGCGCGCGGCAUUCGGGCACGAACGACAAGGCGGGCUCGCCGGCGUAUUUGUUACGCUGGACGUCGCCGCGCAGCAUCAAGGAGGGCCUGACGACGCUGCAGGACUGGCGCUACCCGCACAUGGUCAGAUAAUAUGGGGAAACAUUCGCCGUUUUCCACUGUUCCACCCUGUCAACGCGUCCGUGGAGGAGCGGCGUUGAACCCGUUGCGUUGCUGAGAAAUGAGAGCCUUCACCGAUAAAUAGCUCGGUCUUUCCUUUGCGUUUGUUUUCCUUCUGUACUUAGUAUCGAUAUGCUGUGCUGUGUCGGCGCAACUAGCAUAAUCCAUUCACUUUCAGCGUGCAAUUUGUUACUUAGUCAGACUGAAUUCCUUUACUGAAUUUGAAUGCAUACAACACAGAUAGACAAUACUGUUCAACUGACGGGACAAAAAACAUAAA